CAUCAUUUAGCACCUCGUAACACCGUAAAUAAUUACCUUCUCUCCCCAUUAAUUGUAUUACAGUAACAGCGUGUAAUUAAGAACUCCACUACCCAGCAUGCACCAGCGGUAAGGCUGUUAGGUUUCGUGACGAAACGGUUUGAGUGCAAAGAAACAGCGAGCGAGAGAGAAAGAGGACGGCCAUGUUAAAUUUCGAAUUUUCACUGAGAGAAGACAACAAUAGAAAAAGACGAGUUGAUCCAAGUACAUAUUUUCGGAGCUCGGAUAUAUUAAUAAGGAAACCGAAGAACGCCCUUGAUUAAACGAUUUGUGAAGGUCGCAACAAAGGGAAAAGGUCAAAAGAUUUGAGCUGUUGGCUUAUUGACAGCAGAGGAGCACUCAAGCUGUGAUUUCUUCACUACAGAGAUCGUAGAGACCAGCUGUCGGUGAAGAGACUGAACUUAGGAGCGGAUCACUGAAAGAAUCAUACAGAUUGGACAGCAUUUUGCUUUUGGACUCUCAGUGGUCCAUUUUGCAAAGUUCAUUUUCAUCCACAACGGACUUUUUCUGAAGCAUCAAUAGAUGAGCAAGUGUUGGACUCAAUAGUGAAUAUUUGAUUUGAAUAUAUGGACCAUUAAGAGGAGGGUUAGAAGCAUACAGGACAUUUAAAUAGAGUACUUGAAGACUCUGUGAGGGGGGAGAAGCACAGAAAUUUUGACCAAAACCAAUAAUUACUGUCCGUUUGAACUUGUAGGACGUCAGAAGACUUCUGUUGCUUCAGAUUGCCUUAGCAGUUCUUACCUAGAACUUGUCACACAGUACACGUUCAAAUACAAUUUUCUAUAUUGUGUACGUGUAUGUAAUUUAUUUAUUCACAUAAAUGAUCAUUUCUCUUCAUAUGGAAGAGUGCUCAUGUAUAUAAACCUUUUUUGUACAUCAGAUGCUCUUUUUUUUAAGAGUUAAGCACUGUACGUGUGUGUAAAUAUAUAUGUAAAGUUCUUUAAAAGUAAGUUAUAAAAUCUCAAGACUCAACACUUGUCAGUUUUAUAACUUUACAGAAGAAGGCAUUAAAAUCUCAGUGAAGGAGAAACCUGUAAAGCCUGACAAGUUAGCAAUUUGAACAAGUAGAGGAAGUCGACCCAAAAGUUUCUGGGAAAUGGCAACUGCAAGAACAGAAAAUCCUGCUACUAUGGUAAUGGGACUGAACAAGCAAAAUGGGCAAAUGAGAGGGCAAUCUAAAGCUGCCACUGUUCCAUCAGCAACGCUGUCUGUGGGUGCUCAGUCAGGAAAGAUCCCCAGUGGCUCUCAAAAAGGAAUGAGUGCCCCCCAAAUCAGCAGUGGCAUCAGAUUUGGUGAUGACUGGAAGAAGUGCCUGCAGCUUCCACCUAAGGACAUGCGAGUAAAAACAUCAGAUGUGACAGCAACAAAGGGCAAUGAGUUCGAAGACUACUGCCUGAAGCGUGAGCUUCUCAUGGGCAUCUUUGAGAUGGGUUGGGAGAAGCCCUCUCCUAUUCAGGAGGAAAGCAUUCCCAUCGCUCUGUCUGGCAGGGACAUACUGGCCCGGGCCAAGAAUGGCACAGGCAAAAGUGGCGCCUACCUCAUCCCCCUUUUAGAGAGGAUUGACUUAAAGAAAGACCACAUACAGGCCAUGGUUUUAGUGCCCACUCGAGAACUGGCCCUGCAAGUCAGCCAGAUCAGCAUCCAGCUCAGCAAGCACUUGGGUGGGGUCAAAAUAAUGGCUACAACAGGGGGCACCAACCUUAGGGAUGACAUCAUGAGACUGGAUGAAACGGUUCAUGUGGUGAUAGCUACCCCAGGCAGGAUUCUGGAUCUGAUUAAGAAGGGAGUGGCCAAAGUGGACAGAGUUCAAAUGAUGGUGAUGGAUGAGGCAGAUAAACUGCUGUCUCAAGACUUUGUGGUCCUGAUAGAGGAGAUCAUUGGUUUCCUAGCAAAAAAUCGACAGAUUCUUCUGUAUUCUGCCACUUUUCCAAUUAGUGUCCAGAAGUUUAUGUCAAAGCACCUGCAGAAACCAUAUGAAAUUAAUCUGAUGGAUGAGUUGACACUGAAGGGCAUCACUCAGUACUACGCAUAUGUUACAGAGAAGCAGAAAGUACACUGUCUCAACACGUUGUUUUCCAGGCUGCAAAUCAACCAGUCCAUCAUUUUCUGUAACUCAACCCAGAGGGUAGAAUUGCUGGCUAAGAAGAUCACCCAGCUUGGGUACUCAUGCUUCUACAUUCAUGCUAAAAUGAUGCAGGAGUACAGGAACCGUGUAUUUCAUGAUUUCAGGAAUGGAUUGUGCAGAAAUUUGGUGUGCACAGAUCUUUUCACUAGAGGAAUUGAUAUCCAGGCUGUGAAUGUUGUCAUCAACUUUGACUUCCCCAAAAAUGCUGAAACGUACCUGCAUCGUAUUGGCAGAUCAGGGAGAUUUGGUCAUCUGGGCCUUGCCAUCAACUUGAUUACUUCAGAGGACCGCUUUAAUCUGAAGGCCAUUGAGGACCAACUGGUCACUGACAUAAAGCCCAUUCCUGGCACCAUUGACAAGAGCCUGUACGUGGCAGAGUUCCACUCCACAAACCCAGAUGGUGAGGGUGAGGAGGGGGAUGGAGAGCCUGGCCGCAGAGAACGGCAUGGUCCCUAACUGGGCAAUAGGACAUACCUGGCUUUUGCACAAAAUAUGCUUCUGUGCAGACAUGAAGCUUUUUUUUUUUUUUUUUUU